CUGUGUGCAGGUGUAUUAGUAUGUGUGUUUUUGAGGAGCUUGGGCCCCCCUAAAACAUUCACAGGGGGACUCCGGCAUUUUUGUUAUGCUACUGUAGCAACCACGCAUUGCUGUUGCCUACACAAGCAGGAUCUUGUUUGAUCAUGAUGUAAUGCAAAUGUAACUUUUUUUUGUAGUAAGACCUGAGGUGGAAAUAUGUCAAAACAGGUUGUUGUACCUUGUGACCUCUUCCCCCCUGUGCUGCACUUUCUUCUGGACAACCAGUUCACAGAUGCAGCUAAAGAGUUCACUAGAGCUACAGGCGUGAAAGACAAUGAUCCCUGUCCAGCUUCUCUGUUGGAUAUAUACAGUUACUGGGUGAAGUCAGCAAAUGCAAACGAGAUACAUCCAUCUGCCAGUGGUGCCCCUGCUAAGAGGCCUGUGAAAGACUAUUGCAGCAGUGAGGACAGCUCCUGUGAAGUUAAAGAGCCGCCUGCUAAAAGCCCUGGUAAACAAUUACUUAGUUAGUGGCUUGGAUUUAGAAACAGACAGUAGUGUGUGAUACUCUUUAAGCUUAUAGACUAUUG